UAGAUCCAGAGAGAGGAACUUGAAAGGGGGGUUGUGUAAUGUACCUUUUCCAAUCCCGGGCUGUAUAUGGAGAUUUGGGAUUCUUUAAACCAGUGCUACCUGGAUUUUAUUAAAAAGCGGGGACCUUUGGAGAAGGAAAGCUGGAUUUUCCAGGAAAGCAGAGCGAGCCGGGAUCGGGCGCCUCUUUGCUCCGGGGUGGCGGAGUUGGUGAGCCGAACGGACGGACUAAAGGACAUUUUUAUACCAAAAAAAGGAAAGGCGGGCAAAAAGUCUGAGUUGGAUCUAAUUCCUGAGAGGGAGGUAACUACGAGGGCAAAGCGACAGGAUGGCGAAGAAGCGAGAUUGUUAGAAGGGAAGCGGACGAUCCGCUCCACCAGGCAGAGGAGAUGCCCGCAGCGGACGGUCCUCCGGCCGAAGACCAUGAGACUUCCCCGCGACUCGGGCUCUAAACCCCUCUGAUCCGGGGCAGGGGGGAAAAGGGUCCCGGGAGAGACCCGCGGCAGCCGGGAAGCUGGCUCUCGGAGGAUGGAUGGCCGAGACUUUGGCCCUCCCCGGUCUGUCCACAUCCCCCCUCCGCUGCUGUCCGGCCUGGCCAUGGACGGCCACCGGGCCGGAGCCGCCACGGCCGCCGGACGCCUGCCGCCCUCCUCCGGGCACCUGGCCUCGGGGCUGCCCGCCCCCCUGCCCCCGGCCAAGUACCUGUCGGCCGGGAUCAACCUGCAUUCGCACCCCGGUGAGGCCUUCCUGGGUGGGUUUGUGGCCAGCGGACUAGGGACCUCCUCCACGCCCCAUGGAAGCCCCGCCCCUUUACCCUCUGACCUUUCCUUCAGGUCACCCACCCCCACCAACCUACAGAUGGUGCAGCUCUGGGCCGCUCACUCCCACGAAGGCUUUUCCCAUCUGCCUAAUGGUCUGUACCCUUCGUACAUUCCCCUGAGCCACCUGGAACCCCCCAGCAGCGGCAGCCCCCUCCUAGCCCAGCUGGGUCAGCACAGCCUCUUUGACUCUCAGAAAGAUGGGUUUUACUUGCCAGGCCACGCGGGCCAGCCAGCCAUGCAUCCCCAGAGCAGCGUCGCCCGGACCCCGGCCGGCCACCCCGCUGGCUCCCUCCUCCGCGAGAAGGACCUCGGUCACCUACACAAGGGCUCGCGAGAGGGUCCGAAGGAGUCCAGCAAGGAGCGGGGGUGCCGAAGCGAUCUGUCCCUGUCCUUCGGCAAGAAAGAGAGUAGGGCCAAGGAGGAGCCCCGCCCCCGCAGCGUGGUGGACCUCACCCAGGACACUAAGCCCGAAGGCGACCGGAAGCUGAGUGGGCUGGAGCGGGCGGCCAAGAUGGGGGAGAGGCUCUCCCCGUACUUGGCCGAGCAUGGGCCACACCGGAGCGGGGGCAGCGGAGAGCCCAAAUCCAAGAACCCCCUGCAGACCUCUUCCCUGAGUAACUGUAAUGGUGGCGGGGACCCCCUGCUGAAGGUCCUGGGCAUGGAACAAGACCGCUGCACCAAGGACCCCAACCGCCAUGACGAGAACGUGAGGCCUUCAGCCCACGCCCACCUGGACCGGCUGAAACGGGGGGAUGCCAGCCUGCCCUCCGCCAUUGGCACUUUGCACGUUUCCUGCACCUGCCCCCCACCCCACCCUUCCUCCCAAGCGGGAAAAAUGACUCCCGCCUCCUCCUCCUCGUCCUCCUCCUCCUGCUCCUCCUCCUGCUCCUCCUCCUGCUCCUCUACAUUCCCCCCACAGCCCAUCCAUUCCAACCUGUAUACCAUCUUCCCGCCAGGCAAGGACCUGGGCCGGGAGCACAGAGUUAUCGCGCCCACCUUCGUGCCUUCGGUGGAGGCCUAUGACGAGAGGACCGGGCCCAUCCAGAUCGCCUCGCAGGCCCGGGAUGCCAGGGCCAAGGACAGGGAAGUGGGCAGGGUCGGGGUGCUGCAGUCUCCCCCAGAGAGGUGCCUGGCCGACCUCACACGCCCCCUCCGGUCCCAGGAGUUCCCUUGCCCCGGCGAGGCCAAGCGCCUGGACGUGCUGAGGGAGAAGGGCUCCGUGAUCCGCUCCAACUCCCUGGUGCUGAAGCGUCACGUGACCUCGGAGCCCUUCCUCAGCCGGCCGGGGCCGGGGCCAGGCUCGGGCUCCCCGGACAGCAGGGAGUACCUCCCGCCCAAGGAUGCGCUGAAACCUGAGGCGGAGCCCCGAGCCUGCGAGCGCGGAGAGCGCUUCCCCAGGCCGGCGGCCAAGGAGGCGGCCAAGGUGUACGGGGCUGGCCCGGACGGCUCGCGGCAGCAUCCGGACCUGGGCCAGCUCAAGCUCCCUGAGCAGAAGUGGAAGCCCUUCGAGAUGGGCCACUUCGCCACCACCCAGAUGGCAGUGCUGGCCGCCCAGCACAACCAGGCCACCCGGGCAGAGGAGGAGGCGGCUAAGAAGGCGGCCUACCUGGACCCCAGCGGGCUGCCCCGGGCACCGGUGGUGGGGGGCCGGGGCGGCGGGGACUUGCACCCCUCCGCCCAUAGCGAGGGGUCUGCCAUGCAGAGCCUCAUCAAGUACAGCGGCAGUUUUGCCAAAGAGGCCGCCUCCCGCCCUAGCAGUGGCAAGAAGAGCCCCUUUGGUGGGCUGGGCAACAUGAAGCUGGAUCCCUCCCACCUGGGCACCUCCAAGAUCCAGCAGCUGCUCUCCCACCAGGGUGGGAAGCAGCUCAAAAGGGACCCAGAGAGGCCAGAGAGCGCCAAGUCCUUCGGGCGGGAGAGCAUUGGGUCGCAGGGCGAGGUGGAGGUGAGGCACCCCCCUGUGGGCAUCGCCGUGGCGGUGGCCCGGCAGAAGGACAACAGUGGGAAUAAGCUGGCGCCCAGCCUGGCAGACCAGGACCGCUCCCUGUCCCUGAGCAGCAUCAAAGGACACUGUGGUCGCUCAGAUGAGGACUGUGCAGAAGACCACAGCCGCCACAGAGAAGAACGUCUCCUGGGCGGGCGCUUGGAGCGGGACCAGGAGAAGCUGCUCAGUAAACUUGAGUCUCUGCCCUCGGUUCUCUCCCAUGCCGCUGCUGCCCAGCACAGAGAAAGCAAAGAACUGGCCGACCUGGCACGGAUCCACCCUGCUGGAUGUGCCACGAAUGGCCUCAACCCCAACCUCAUGGUGACCGGUGGCCCCGCCCUGACCGGCUCAGGGCGCUGGUCUGCUGACCCAGCCUCACACCUGGCCACCCACCCUUGGCUCCCCAGGACCGGUAGCCCUUCUAUGUGGUUAGCUGGCCAUCCCUACGGCCUGGGACACCCCUCCUUACACCAAGGAAUGACACCGGGUUUCACCCCUGGCAUGGGGAGUUCACUUCCUUCAGCCUACCAAUUUGCCAGAGACCCUCAGUCCGGGCAGCUGGUUGUGAUCCCCAGUGAACACUUGCCCCACUUUGCGGAGUUGAUGGAGCGGGCUCCCCCGCUCUGGCCCGCGAUGUAUCCCCCGACUCGCAGCUCCCUCCAGCACGCUCACCAGCUCCAGCUGUUGUCUCACCAGCAGUUGCUUCGGCAACAUGAGUUGUACAUCUUGCAGCAGCAAGCGGCGCACGCCAUGGAGCUGCAGAGGAGCGCGCAGCUGGUGGAAAGGUUAAAAGUCAACGAGCAACGGGCUGAGAUGGAAGAGAAAGUCUCCAAACGCAGCCUGGAGGGCAGCAAACAGGGUCUCUCCUCCUCAGCUUCAGGCCUGCUCCAUCGCAAACCCCCGAUCCUUUCCCCCAGCGCCUCUGCAUCCUACAGCAAGGCCUUGAGUCCCCCUCCCUUAUCCCCCCGGGCCUCACCCGUGACCGUGCUUAAAGCCAAGGUGAUCCAGAAGAUGGAAGAGGCACCGAAGCCACCAGCUUACUCCUACCCCGCCACCCCGAGCUCACAUCCAUCUAGCCCUCCCCCUGCCUCUCCACCCCCGGCCCCUGCCAUCCCCCCCAAAGAAGAACUUCCUGAGAAUGUGGAGAAGAAAGAUUUGGAAAUGGAAAAAGAGGCCUCCAGCCCAUUCCAAGCCUUGUAUCCAGAGAUUCCGCCAAGAUAUCCAUUCCAGUCCCUUCCUGCCUCUUUUGGGAGACAUUAUCCAUACCUACUCCAGCCCACAGCAGCUUCCGAUGCGGAUGGCUUGGCCCCCGACGUCCCGCUGCCCGCGGAGGAACCCGAACACAUGGCACUCACUCCGGAAGUCAAGCCCAUACACCUGUCCCCAUCCAAAAUAGUGGAGCCUCUCCAGGCCUCCCAGGAUGAAGAGGAACCCUUGGAGGAGAGGGUGAAGGCCGAGGUGGAAGAGGUGGAGGAGACUCGGGAGGAGAUGUCUGAGCCGAACCUGGAGCCUCUGACGCUUCCCGCUCCUGCCUCUGGGCCAGCCCAGAGCCUGGACAACUGCGACCACUUGCUGCGUCCGGUGGAAGCGCUGAGCACCGUGGAGCAGGAGAUGGCAGAGCUCCAGGAUUGUCCGGCGGAAUACCAGGUUGGCCAAGCUGAAGGGGAAACCCAAGCCCAGAACGAAGUGACGACUAGGAUUGAGAGCUGCACUAUUCGCAUGGACUACAAUGACAGGGGGACGCAGGAGGAAGAGGAGGAGGAGGAAGAGGAAUUGAGGGAGGCUGCCCCCAAGGAGGGACUUGAAGCUGAACCAAGUGGACCUCCCCUUGGGGUAGAGCCACAGGACAGAGAAGUGGGGAGGGAACUCUUCAGCCUGGCCUCAGAGGAGGCAGUGCAAGUGCCAACAAGUCCCCCUUAUCCAGAGGAAGUGAUACCCUGCCAGCUUCCCUCGCUCGAUAUCAAGCCCGACGACCCUCUGGCUGGCAUGAACGCCUUGGUGGCUGCCACGGAGCUGCCCCAGGCAUACUCCUUGCUGACGGCCAGCAGCGUCACACAGGCUCUGGUGAACCUGGAGGUGGCCCACAACCUGUCCCUGGAGCAGAGCUUUCUGCAGGGGAUCACCCUGCUGAGUGAGAUCGCUGAGCUGGAACUAGAAAAGAGGAAACAGGAAGUAGAAACAGACCCAGAGAGUUGCCCUGUCCGACCCACCAUGGAGAGCUUGCUGGCUGCCAGCACCCACAUGCUGAUGGAGGUGCUGUCCAACCCCUUCAUGGACCCUCUGAAGACCAUCCGACUGCCCCGUGAGCUGAACCCCAACAAGAAGUACAGCUGGAUGCAAAAAAAGGACGAACCAAUGUACUCCAUCAAGUCAGCUAUCGAGAACAUGGAUGCGAUGGAACUGGACUACCGGAUGAGGCUGGCUGAGCUGCAGCGGCGGUACAAGGAGAAGCAGCGGGAGCUAGUGAAGUUGCAGAGGCGCCGAGACUCUGAGGAAAAACGUGAAGAGAAAAGUAGAAGCUUGGCGAGAAGAGGCCCAGGAAGGCCCAGGAAACGGAGGCAUGGAUCAAGUGCUCUGUCGCCCCCUCUGGAGAAAGGGAAGAGUGACAGCAAGAGUGGAAAGCUGAGCAAGACCUUGCUGCUGUCAGAAGAUUCGGAGACUGGAGAAGGGGUGAGGAAGAGGCACAAGGGAGCCCUCCCUGAGGAGGAAGAUGAUGCAGACAGCUCCAGUGGGAGGACGAAAGGGAGAAACCAGAGCUGGGAGGAACAUGAAGCUGUCUCAGGCUUUGCAAAUGAGUUGAAGAUCAAGAAGAAGAAGAUGGCAAGUGACCAGGAGCAGCUGGCAAGUAAGCUGGACAAAGCCCUGUCUCUCACCAAGCAAGACAAGUUGAAGUCACCUUUCAAGUUUGCAGAUAGCUCUGGUGGGAAACAAAAAAUCAGUGGGGGUGUCAGCAGGUACUUGUCAUCCCAUGACACCUUCCUGAGCAAGGAAGAGAAGAAAAACCUGGCCAAGGGCUUAAGUCUAUCGCUGAAAGCCUCCAAAGAAGGUAAAAACAAAAUGGCUUCCAAAAUGAAGAAGAUGGAGGUGGGGUUAAAAGUCAAAGGUCAGCUGAAGGUUUCCCACUCACCAGCAAUAUCGGAAAUGAGCAGCUACUCCUAUAAUUCGGACUCAGAGGAAGAUGAUGAAUCCUUGAAGGAUGAGUGGCCUUCUCAGUCUCCCUCCAGCUCCAAAACGAGACCUUCCAGUCUCUACAGUGUAGUGACCAAAAAGAGCAGCAAGUCGGCUGGAGGCCUCAAGCCAGUCAAGAGGGGCAUGCCCACCACUGGAACUCUCAAAGCUAAGCAGGCUGCAAGCAGAAAGCAGCCAUUUUGUUUGCUGCUUCGGGAGGCUGAGGCUAGAUCUUCCUUCAGUGACUCUUCGGAGGACUCGUUUGAUCAAGAUUAUAGUUCAGAAGAGGAGGAAGAAGAUGAGGACGAUGAAGAGGAGGAGGAGGAGGAGGAGGAAGCUGACGACUAUGGGAUGAAUAGCCAUGAUCGGCUCUCCUCCCCAUCCUUGGAUGAAAGUGGUUUGGGGCUGUUGGCGAGGUUUGCUGCCAGUGCCAUGCCUAGCCCCAUAGUGCCUCCCCCUCUCUCCAUUGUCCAGCUGGAGGCCAAACAGAAGGCUAAGAAGAAGGAAGAGAGGCAGAGCCUGAUGGGAACGGAAUUUGAAUACACUGACUCGGAGAGCGAGAUCAAGAUCAGAAAGAAAUCGCCCUCCGGGCUGCUGCGGGGGAAGAAGGGGCUGAUGGAGCAGGGAGCCAUCCCACCUCCAGCCCCCUCCGGUUCGCUGGGCCCCAGCCCCGGGACCACAGACAAGGUCAAACCGGCCAUGGAGAAGGGGCGGAAACUGAAGAAGCUCAAAUCCCCCAAGGAGCUGAGCUUUGAAUUCGGGUUGGAGGCGAGUGAUGACGACCUGUGGAACCGGCGCCGGAGCGAAAGGAUCUUCCUCCAUGAUGCCACCGCCACGGCCCUCUUGCCGCCCACCCCUGCCAGCUCCACCCCCAUCUCCAAACCCAACCGCUGCAGCAAAGGUCCCCCGCUGAGUCCCAAGAAAGAAGGGGUGAAAGGGAAGGAAAGGAAAGAGCUCAGCAAGCAGAAGAAGAAGGGAAAGGAGGGACCGUGCUGCUCUUCUUCGUCCUCUUCCAUGUCUCCCCCUGCCGUCUCCAGUUUGCCCUCUGAAGCUCGAGCUCCCUUGGCAAGUUCUCUGACUUCCACCAAAAAGAGUAAAACCAAGGUGAAAGCCAAGGAUCUAAAGAAAGAGAGCCGAGGGAAAGGAGGAGCGGUGAGUAAACUGAUGGAAAGCAUGGCGGCUGAAGAGGACUUUGAACCCAACCAGGACAGCAGCUUCUCCGAGGAUGAGAAUCUCCCCCUGAGUAUGCUGGUGGAGAGGCCUGUGACUCCAGCCCCCCGGUCCUGCAUCAUCGACAAGGAUGAGUUGAAAGACGGCCUGCGGGUCCUCAUCCCCAUGGAUGACAAGCUGCUCUAUGCCGGUCACGUGAAGACGGUGCACUCCCCUGACAUCUACCGAGUGGUGGUGGAAGGAGAGAGGGGCAACCGUCCCCAUAUCUACUGUCUUGAGCAGCUCCUGCAGGAAGCGAUAAUAGAUGUGAAGCCACCCUCAGUCAGGUUCUUGCCAGAAGGUACCAGAAUCGCGGCCUACUGGAGCCAACAGUACCGCUGCCUCUAUCCAGGCACCGUUGUUCGAGGGUCCCUGGAUCAAGAAGAAGAUGGGGAUCUGAUCACAGUGGAAUUUGAUGACGGGGACACCGGGAGGAUUCCCUUGUCUCAUAUUCGUCUCCUACCUCCAGAGUAUAAAAUUCAGUGUGCUGAGCCAUCCCCCGCCCUUCUGGUACCCAGUGCCAAGCGCCGCAGCCGCAAGUCCAGCAAGGAGACUGGCGAAGGAAAAGAAUGCAGCACAAUGGGGACCGAGGAGUCUGUGGCAAAGGCCAAAGGUCGCGGUCGGAAACCCAGUGUCAAAGCCAAAGUCGAAGAGGCGGUAGUCCUGGAGGAAGCAGGUCCAGGUGAUUCUUCAGUGAGUGUCUCUGGAGCUCAGGAGAAGCCCCCUAGCCUGGGCAAACAGAACUCCAAGAGUUCAAGGAAGAGUCAGCCAUCUCUACCAGACCCUCCCUCCGCUCUACCCGAGGAGAAACGCAACAAAGCCAACAAAGUCAAAAUGACAGCCAAGCUGCACGGCCCCCCACCCCCUUUCCAGCCGCCGGUAUUUGGCGGCAACAUGAUGAGUGGCGAAGCGUAUGGCGAAGUGCCAGGGCCUCUGGGCACCUUUGGGGCCACCGACAAUCCAACCAGCAAAACCAAAGCGAAGAAGGGAAGGUCUGGGGAAGAGCCGGGGUUCAACCUGGCACCCAAGGGGCAAAGGAAACCAUCAGACAGCGAGGUCCUUAUCAAGUUAGACCACGAAGGGGUGACGUCACCUAAAAGCAAGAAGACCAAGGAGGCCAUGAUGCUGAUGGAGGACUCUGGUCUGGGGAACCGGAGGGAGAGCAAAACCCUCCUGGGGCUCGGCUAUCCCUCAGUUACGGGAGGUCAAGUCAAAUCUAAAUCCUCCAGGGCCAAGGCCACGAAUGCAGAGUCGUUGGCAGCUAAUUUUGGAGGCAAGUUUGGAAACUCCGGGGACUCUCUGGCACCCGAGAAGGACCAGGGAGACAAAGCGGUGACGGAGGCGGCGGAUGAAUCUGAGAGCAACAGUAGUGGCGGCAGCAGCUCAGAGACAGAAGGGGAGGAGGAAGAGGAGGGAGAGGGGGAGGAGGAGGGGGAGGGAGAGGAAGAGGGGGGAGGAGGGAAGAAUGGCGGUGACCCCCAGGAAGACAGCAGUUCUUCCAGUUCCCGGGCAUCCACCCCGCUCUCCUCGUCCAACUCUUCCUCCUCUUCCAGCAGCAGCUCGUCCUCCUCGUCCUCCUCUUCCUCCUCUUCUUCUUCCUCCUCCUCUUCUUCCUCCUCCUCCUCUUCGUCGUCCUCCUCCGCCUCCUCCACCUCUUCCUCCUCCAGCUCCAGCUCCUCAUCCUCAUCCACGACAGACGAAGACUCCUCGUGCAGCUCGGACGAUGAGACAGCCGAGGCCCAGCCCAGCUCUUCCGCCCCGCCGGCUCUCCCCACGAAGCAGGCCAAGCCUCCGGGAAAAUCCUCCCGCGCCUCCUCUCACCCUCCCAGCCAGAAACAGAAGCAGCAGCAGCAGCAGCCACCACCCCCCCAGCAGAAGCCACCGCCCGGGGGCAACAAGAGCCGACCCAAAAAGCGGGAGGGAAUACACCUGCCCACCACCAAGGAACUGGCCAAGAGGCAGAGACUCCCAUCUGUGGAGAACCGACCCAAAAUUGCCGCCUUCCUCCCCGCCCGGCAGCUGUGGAAGUGGUUCGGCAAACCCACGCAGAGGCGGGGCAUGAAGGGGAAGGCCAGGAAGCUCUUCUACAAGGCGAUCGUGCGUGGCAAGGAGAUCAUCCGUAUCGGAGACUGUGCCGUCUUCCUCUCCGCUGGCCGGCCCAACCUGCCAUACAUCGGACGCAUCCAGAGCAUGUGGGAGUCUUGGGGGAAUAACAUGGUGGUUAGGGUGAAAUGGUUCUACCAUCCUGAAGAAACCAAUCCUGGCAAGAAACUCAACGAAGGCAAGCGCUGGGAUCAGAAAUCGGGCAGAAGCCUUCCCGCAGCUCUCCAAGGAUCCAACCAGAGGAAGGACUUCAUGGAGAGGGCGCUGUACCAGUCCUCGCAUGUGGAUGAAAAUGACGUCCAGACCGUCUCCCACAAGUGUCUGGUGGUGGGCCUCGACCAGUACGAGCAAAUGCUGAAGACCAAGAAGUACCAGGACAGCGAAGACCUGUACUACCUAGCUGGGACCUACGAGCCCACCACCGGCAUGAUCUUCAACACGGACGGCGUCCCGGUCAUUUGCUGAUCGCCUGGGAGAGGGAGCAAUUCAGGGACGUGUCCUGCCAGGCCGGAAUCCGGUCCUCCCCGGGAUGGGGGUGGGGGGGAUGGGGCGUGGG